ACACAAGACAAAUUCCAUUUUUGUUUUGAAAAUAGCGUGACCUCUACUGUUGUCACAAUGUACUUUAUGGUUAGUUUAGUCUGUAAAUACCGAAGGUUAGUCUGUAAGUAUCGAAGGUUAGUCUCUAACCUCUAAGUGAGUGUAAGGGCACGUGGGUAAGAUAUAGUAAACUUUCGAACGGGAAAUCAUUAUUAUUAUUGCAAAAUAUGGAGCAAAUAACAAUAAAAGAGGAAAUUGACGAUAGUGUGAGAGAAACAGAGACUGGUGAUAAUACAGAACUUAAAUACGAAGAAAAAUUAAAAUACACAAGCCUUAUAGCUAAACCCAUGGCCCCAAAAAAAUUAACCAAAAAAAUUUAUAAGUGUAUUAAAAAAGCUGCAAAGCAUAAAUCUUAUCUUCGUAAUGGUUUGAAGGAUGUUCAGAAGCAUCUUCGCAAAGGAGAACAAGGAUUAGUAGUCUUUGCUGGAGACGUAUUUCCAAUAGAAAUCAUGUGUCACUUACCAAUUGUAUGCGAAGACAAAAAUAUCCCAUACUGCUACACACCUUCGAGACAAGACAUUGGUGCUGCUAUGGGUGUGAAAAGAGGCAGUCUUAUGGUACUUAUUAAGGAACAUGAAGAAUAUAAAGAACUUUAUGAUGAAAUAAAAACUGCGAUGGUAACAUUAUCAACGCCACUAUAGAUAUAUAUUUAACCAUUUGUAUUUUUAAUCACUUUGUAAAUAGAAGAGAUUCAUAUAUCCUUAAGAGAGAGAAGAGUAUUGUAUCAGAGACUGCAAUUUUUUAUACAAAUAUCUUUCAUUAUUAUGAUGUAACCUAUUUAUUAUAUAGAUGGCAAGUUUUUUAACACAAAUCACUGUAUGAUAAAAGAAUCAAAAAAGAGAUAGAAAUAAAACUUUUCUAAUUUAAUCUCUUCCCGUGCCAGUUAGUUUGUCGGAACAGACCAGACUGAUGCUCGUAAACAGGAACUAACAUUCAGUCACGAUCGUAACGGGCAAAGAUACAGUUCGCGAGCUCGUCUUAUUAUGUUUACGUUUGGUCCAAGUAUCUGGUCGCGAGUCAGGCUCAUAAUAUUCAUGUUUGGGCAAAAAUCUUCAUCGCAACUCUGAGUCGCUACAGUACGGGAAGGGGUUAAUGUAACAUUUUUUAAUUUGGA